CCGGCGUAAGACAACAUGGGCGACGCCGAAUUUGGAUACGGAUCCUCUCUUUCAGUAGAUUCUAUGAAAGUUAUUGCAGAAAGUCUUGGUAUUGCGGCUCUUGGAGAUGAUGCUGCUAAAGAACUUGCUGAUGACGUUACAUGUCGCCUGAAAGUCAUAGUACAGGAUGCUAUGAAGUUUAUGCAUCAUUCUAAAAGGCAAAGACUUUCUAUCACUGAUAUUGAUCAUACCCUGAAGAUCAAGAAUAUUGAGCCACAAUAUGGAUUUCUGCAACCCGAUUCACUGCCAUUCAGAUUUGCGUCAGGUGGAGGAAGAGAAUUACAUUUCAUAGAUGAGAAAGAAAUUGAUUUAUCAGAAAUACUUUCCGCACCACCUCCAAAAGUACCUCUAGAUGUGUCAGUUAGAGCUCACUGGCUGAGUGUGGAUGGAGUUCAACCAACUGUGCCUGAAAAUCCCCCACCUUUAUCGAAGGAAGCCCAGAAACUGGAAUCUGUUGAUCCUGUUAGCAAACUUAGUAAACCCACAAAUAAAGAUGCUGCAGGUAAACCAAUGUGUGGUAAGGCAGCGAGAUUAAAGGCAUCAGAGUCUGUGCAUGUGAAGCAGUUGGCCACUCAUGAGCUGAGUGUAGAGCAGCAGCUGUAUUAUAAAGAAAUUACAGAAGCUUGUGUUGGCAGUGAUGAAGGGCGACGUGCUGAAGCACUACAGUCACUUGCCUGUGAUCCAGGUCUCCAUGAAAUGUUGCCUAGAAUGUGCACAUUUAUAUCAGAAGGUGUCAAAGUUAAUGUUGUGCAGAAUAAUCUAGCAUUACUCAUUUACCUGAUGAGAAUGGUCAAAGCUUUGCUUGAUAACCAGUCUCUUUAUUUAGAGAAAUAUUUACAUGAAUUAAUUCCGUCAGUAUCAACAUGCAUAGUAUCACGACAGUUGUGUUUGCGUCCUGAAAUGGACAACCACUGGGCUCUGAGAGACUUCGCCGCGCGGCUCAUGGCGCAAAUUUGCAAGACUUUUAAUACGUCUACUAAUAAUCUUCAAACCAGGGUUACUAGAUUGUUCGCUAAAGCUCUACAAUGUCCGUCACAAACAAACAAUGAGUCAGGACCAUCUAUGGCGAGUAUGAAAGAAUCUGAAAAAACACCUCUUGCGUCGCUCUACGGCGCCGUUCAAGGUUUAGCUGAACUUGGACCAGAAGUAGUGAAGGUGUUCAUAUUACCCCGCGUGAGAUGGCUCGGCGAGCGUUUAGAAGGCGCUUUGAGCGGAGUGGGAGGCGCGGAUCGCUUAGCAGCGGGUAACCUCAAGCAUCAACUUCUUAAAGUCUUAGCGCCCGUCGUACGUCAGCUGAGACAACCGCCUGACGUUGCCGAGGAUUACAAGCGUGAAUACGGCUAUCUGGGUCCGAGCCUGCAGCAGAUGGUGAGCAAGUUGCGCACGUCACCGUCCGCUGGUGGUAGUGGCAGCGCAGUCGCUGUGGUCACUUGCACCCCGCCUCUAGUCCCCACAACACCUUCCCCCGCGUUCGUCCAAGCUCCGCAAGCUAAGGCUGUUGAAACAGUGGCUACUCGCAACGUGGUGAUCAGCGCGUCGCCAGUGCUGCAGACACCAGCGCCCGUCACGCCACCACCGCAGAAAUUCGUCAUAGUCUCGCAACAGAAACCACCACAGGUCCAACCAGUCAGCGGGCCCGGUCAUAUCAUGGUCCAUAGUUCGCAGCCAACUUUAGUAAGAAGUCAGAAUGUGCAGUCGGUGGUGGUGACGAGCGGACCGCCGGCGGGGCAGGCACCGCCGCAGAAGGUGGUGGUCGUGGGCAUGCCGCCGCAACAGGCUCAAAUCAACGCCGGCGUCAGCCAGGCACCCGUCUCAGUGGUAGCGAAGCCAGUUUUCGCAAGGGGUGGUGUUGCAAUUGGACCCUCCCAGCCACAACCUCCACCGCCUGAGCUGGACGAUCUGUCACACCUCGCCUGACAGGCACCACCACGUUACACUUUAGUCAUCAAGCAAUACACUCGAAAAAAAACGUAACUUAACUAUUGUCAAAAGGUAAAUCGCAAGCCGAAAAUGUGUUUCCGUUAGUUGAAAGUUAUUUAUAUAAAAAGAUGGAUAUAUAUCAGAAGUUUUGGAAUGUACAAAAAUGUCUAAAGAAGUAAGACACUGCACUUUCCGCCUUAGGUUUAAUUUAGUUCGCGGCAAUGACCAAAUACGUAGUUUAUUGGAAUGUUUUCGAUGUUUUGCCACGAAUUGUUUGAAAUUUUAUUAAGAAACCAUAUAUAAUUAACAAAAGUUUGUUGUGGUGUAAAAUGGUAGUAACAAUGUACACCGUUGGGAGCUGUCGUGAUGAAAUAAAUCUCCCGUGAGAAAUAAAUCGAUCCUCUUUCUUCAAUGUUCAACUUUGUUGCUCUUAUUAGUUACAGAUAUUCUAUCUAGAAAUAAAAAAAAUUUUCUUCACAAUCACCAGCUAGAAUACCUGAAACUUGCAGUAUAAGAUCUUUUAUAUCCUUUUAUAUCCUUGUCACUUAUUAAAACUAUAGUGAAUAAUGAACGCUAGGAUUUUAUUAAUGUAAAUUAAUUACCAUGUUCAAUUGCAGACCACGGAAAUUGCCUUUGAUUUCAUUGUGUAACUGAAAAAUCUCACCACAUUCAAUAACAAAUAACUGCCACAGGCAAUGAAAGUAAUGACUGAAGUUCAAGCUACUAUAAGUUAGGUUAUAUACGUAUAUUUUGGGGAUAUUUGAAUAAUUACAUGUUAAUACAUAAUAUAGGGUCUAAGUUCGUAAGAAUUUGUUUGAAAUCCUUUCUAUAUUUUAAGUGUAUGAAUCCAUAAUGUGUUAAUAAUAUCUGCAAUAACUA